AUGGCAGAGUAUCUCCUCGGACUCAUGCUCGUCGCGCAGUCGUCGCGCGACCGCCACGUCUUCCGCUACCCGCCCGACCCGACGUCGCCGUCAGACCGCCUCAGCCAGCCGAUAUACAGCCGGGCGACUUAUACCGCACAAGACAACACCGUCGACCGGACCGGGCACGCGUCGCGUCUGCUCGCACGACGCGAUGGCAGCCGUGGGAGCGGGAGCCGCGCUCGCGGUCUCAGCGGGGGCGGGCUGAGCGGCUUCUCUGGCGGCCUGGAGGAAGGGAGUCUGGCGCGGAGCGCGCCGUCAGGUCGCAGCGGGAGUGUGCACUCACACAUCACCGAGUAUGGGACGCCGGUGGAGAGCAGUAGCUCGUCAUCGGACGACUCGGACAUUGAUGCUAUGUGGGGCGCGUCAAAGCAUUCGCAUAACCACUCGCACUCGUCCCACCACUCGUCGCAUCACUCGUCUCAUAGCCACGGUCCAAGACGGUACUCGAGCGAAAGCGAGGGCCGGAGCGGCCUCGCCAACUCCAUCACUAAAGGGUUUACGGAGAUCAACCCGAAUCUCGACCGGCGUGGGAGCGUGAUAUCCACCGAGACGGUCAAGAAGAAGUUCAACACGACGCUCGAGCAGCAGUAUAACUACAGCAUGGGGUAUCCGCUCGACUUCCUGUCCGACCUUCUGUCACCACCGCGGGCAGCGUGUAACCGCAAAUUCGAGAUUAGCGUCAACGAGCUCCUGUUCAUCGGGCACCCAGUGUGCGCUGGAUCGGACGGCAAGUGGGCGUAUCCGUCCGGCGACAGCGACGACGAGGAGGACUCGAAGGCGCGCGGACGGCGGAAGGAGGCGGGACCGCUGCGCGCGGUAGCGGAACAUCCCGAGAGAAGCGAGGACACGCCGGCGCGUAACGGGCGCAAAGACGAGGCCGAGCUGAGCAUGUUCCACCUUGUGCUCAUCCUCGACAAACCUGAUCCCAAGCCUGAUCAGCCAUGGGCCGACUGCCUCGACGUCAUCUACCGCGAGGUUGCGUUCAAGUGGGCGGCCGCGGCGUUUGCGCUGCAGGUGCGCGACAACUGGGUCGGUCGCGAGAUUAAGCAGCUCAUGGGCAUCCGCGAGCGCGCCAUGGCCGACGGCAUCCCUGUCAACGAGUGCUUGCGGCAGUGCAUUGAAAAGUCUGAGCUCGCGCACAGUUUGCAUGAGCUAUAUGCUGCGCUGCACAAGAUAAAGUCGCGCCCGCUGAACGGGCACUUUUCACAUGUGUCUACGACCAUGAAGGUCCGCGUUGGGAGUAUACCCAUCACGCUGGUGGUGCCACCCAAGACGACGGACGUCGAGGCGCUCAUGGCGCUCGAAAGCGACUCGGACAGCGACAGCGACCUCGGGUGGGAGUUUGCGGGGCCUGACGGCGCGCUUAUUGCCAAGCAGCCGGGUUUCCGCGUCGAGCCAUGGAAGACCUUGCUAUUGCUCGACGACGAGGCGCCUCGGCCGCGGAGACCACAUGGGCGCGAGAGCAAGCAGGCAGAGGAGGAGGAGCUGGUCGACCAGCUUGUGGCCAACUGCGACGUCAGCAAGCCACUGCAUGAAAUCGCGCAUCUCAUGCGGUGUGACCUCGAGGGCGUUGUGAUUCCACUCGCGAGGGAGCUCGUGCAGAACAAGCGUGCGGUGUUCAUUGACGUGGUGAACAUCCGGCUCCGGACUAUCCUGAUGCCCGCGACGAUCGCGGACCACCUCCGCUCACUCACGCAACACUCUGUUCGCUUCUCCGUCGCCUUCCCCAAGCUGCCUCCCCUCAUCCCACUGAUCACGAUGAUCUCCGCCGCCCCCGUGCCCUUCCGCGAGCUUCUUCCCGCCGAUGCGCGUGACGAGCCGUCCAAGCGUGAGCCGUGGAUGCGUGCCGUCGCCUGGCUUCUGCGCAACGACCUAGUGAUCCAGGCGCACGUGCGUGCGCGCGUCAUCGCCUCGGCGAGCGUAAAGGAGGCGGCGUGGCUCAAGCUGUGGCACAAGCGGCGGCGUCGGUGGCUGCGGGAGAGAAAGCUGAGCGUGACGAGCGGAGGCAGUGCGCGCUCGCGCCCAAGUUUCGGCGACGGCGGCGGCGGCGGAAGCGUGGGCUCCGGGAACGCGAUCGCCGUCAACGCGGCCAAAGCGACGUCUCCGGAUCGCGAAUGGGCCGCGCGCGUGCCCAAGACGCCGCUUGCCGUCACGCGGACGCUGAGUGUGGGGGAGACGGCGGACGCGGAGAGCGAGUUCGACCUCGAGUCGGACGAUGGGCUCGACGACGACGGGGACGGGGACGAGGAAGGUGGCGUCGCGGGCCGGUGGCGGAUGCUGCGCCCGCCGCUGGGGCCGGGACUGGAGCGGUGCGCGGCGACGGCGGCAUAUAGCCUGGACGAGCCUGAGCCUGGCAAGACGCCGACGUUCAACGCGAGCUUCAUUUUCCACCCGGCGCAGGCGCAGAAGGAGGAGGCGCGGUGGCUCCGGGUGGUGCGCGAGCGCACGCCCGACCCCGUGCUUCGCAGCCGGUUUGAUCUCUGUGUGCAGUACUUUGACGGGGUGACGACAUUCGAGGAGAUUGUGUUCCGCACGGGUCUGACACGGCGCGAGUUGGACCGGAUUGCCAUGGUGUACCGUGACGACCUCAUGAUCUCGAUCCACCCCUGA